UUGCAGUCGUCGCUGCCAGGUUUUUGGAGUCGGACAUUUUUGCAUGAAAAUUGCAACCAAAAAGAAUCACACUCCAUGGCUAUACGACAAUGUCCAAUGCUCGCGAGCUGGCAUUGAUCGAGAAAUGGGCUGAUAUUGCCACACCGGCGACGCCGACGCGGCCAACUCUAUCGCCGACCUCGCCGCGAUCCAUUGUCAAGUUCUGCUGCUGUCCGCAGCGGAGGCGCUACGAUCUGAGGCACCCAAAGAGCAGCGGCAAAAAUACGCUGCAUGCCAGAAAUAUAUUCGUUGAUAACGAUUUCAGCUAUAUUGAUGAUGUGGCACGGCAUGAUGUAGCGGCGGCCAAGCGACGCCAAGAUUGCCACACCGAUUACGAUUGCCACAACAACGAUAGCCACGACGAUAAUGGUAAGCUAGUUAAUGGUAAUGGUAAUGACGACGAUGCCAAUGAUAUUGCUGACAACAAUGCUGGCCAGAGAAACGACGGAAAUGUGGCGCUGAUAUUAAUGAAUCAACGAAAUCUGUCCGAACAAUGGCGGCAGGACCACAAAGGCAACAGCAACAGCAGCAGCAACAGCAACAGCAGCAACAGCAGCAGCGAUCUAUCUGCAGCAACUAAAACUUGCGCUGUCACAAAGAGCCCGCAGAGUGGCAAUGAGCAGCAGCAGCAGCAGCAGCAACACUCGAAGCAGCACCAGCAGCAGCAACGACAACCAACCCAAAGACUUAGCAAUAGCUUGCAACAGCAACACCAACAGCAACAACAACAAUUGCAACAACAGCAACAACAGCAACAUAGCAAUAAGGAAAAUACACUAAGCUACGACAACAACAACAAGCCGCGCUGUAAUUAUUGUAAAUUACCCGACACCGCCGACGUGCCCCAAACGAACAGCAGUACCAAUACCAAUACCCAUACCAAUACCAAUACCAACUGCAACAACUCGAAAAUUGAUUCACCGAAGUCGUCGCAGAAUAAAAUGACAAUUACGACAGCAACAGCAACAGCAACAGCAAACGUAUCUGCAACAGCAACAGACCUAGCUGCCACAGCCUGCGAGUGUGGGCUGACAACAACAUCGGCAGAGGCAGCAGAGGCAGCAGCAGCAGAAGAGUUUGUGGGUGCUGCCACAGAAGUGCUGUGCAACGAUAAAGCAACAUUGACAGCAGCAACACCAGCCACAGCAACAGCAACAGACCCUAAGCCCCGCAUUGCAGCUCGUCCGACCACGCCCAGCCGCCUCAAGACUGUGAUCAAAACGACAAUGGUGAAGCGUAGUCCUAGCCAUGACUCAACGCAGGCACAUGUGUUGCCACAGCAGCCACAGCAAAACAGCUGCAACAACAACAGCAGCAGCAGCCACAGCAGCAACAUCUGCAACGGCAACGGCAACAACAUCGCCCAUGACGAGCCCAGACGUUCGGUUAGGGAGCGCAUCGCCGCCUUUGCGGCAGGAAAUGAGCCACAGCAGAGUGGAGCCACGGCGACGCGGCAUCAUGACAAAGUCAAGAAGUUAACUCAAAUGCAGUGCAAUGGAAAUGGCAAUACAAAUCAAAACAACAUGACAAGCGAUGUGAAAAGUGCAAUUAGCAGUGGCAGUGGCAGCCACAGCCAGAGACAGAGCCAGAGCAGCCAGAGCAGCAGCAGCAGCAGCAGCAGCAGCAGCAGCAGGAACCUCCAACAUCAAACGCUUAUCAACGGCAAGGCGACGACGCCUUCGGCAAUAGCAACAGCAACAGCAGCAGGAGGAGGAGUAAGAGAAGAUGCCAGAAUACCUGGAGGUGAAGGAAGUGCAACAGAGGGAGCAGCAGCAAAAAGUGCAACCCAUGCUGAAGGAGGGGCAGCAGGAGCAGGAGGCAGUGCAACAUCAGGCCGCACGUCGGCUAUCGCCACUGACGCGACGCGCUACAAAUCGGGAUUAAGUGAUGCGGCGGCCAACGGAGGAGACGUUGAUGGCAAGACGAUGGCCGCAACUUCAUCUGCCACAUCAGCCACAAACACAGCCACAACCAUAGCCACAUCCACAUCCACGUUUGUGCCAACUGCUGCAAGCGUUUUUAGCACCGGUUGUGCAACCAUGCCUCGCACUCGCCAAUACGGAAGCAGUGCCACAGCAGGCAGCAGCAGCACAGCCACAACAGGAGCAACUCCAUGCAACACCAUGACAGCUGAUAAGAAAUUCUUAAGCCAGGCGGCGCCCGUUGCCACACUGGCCACUGGCACUGGCAGCACUCUGCAUCAGGGGCAUCAUAAGCUGCAAUUUGUCGAUAAGGCCGAGUCCAAAUUGGCCGCAUUGGACAAUCUGGAUUUGGCGCACAGUCUCGACCUGAUGGAUGUGGAUGGCGAUGAUCCGUAUGGGGCACUGCAGGAGUAUCUGGAGCGUGUCAAGCGGGAAAUCAAUGAGGUCUUCGAGCUGCGCAAGGUCCAGCGCCUGGAGCAGCAGCUGCGCGACCAACUGGAGGCAGCCACCGGCCUGCCGCUUGAUGAAUUGUCUCGUUCCACGGAAUCAGAUAGCGGCUUUGACAGUAGCAGCACCACAACCACCACCACAGGAGGGAAUGGAGCAUACACCAAACCAGUGACAACUAAACUAAGGGCAUUGUCGCCGCCGCCCCACGGCGCACACAGCCUCGCCACCCCUGGCGCCGCUCCACCUGCCCAGGUCGAGGAUGUCAACAUUUGGGCUUGCAAAUUUCUACGUGAUCUGGACAGCCUGAUGGCUGGCGAUAAGCUGCCGCCGCAUCUGGCUGCCCUAGCUGCCUCCAGCUCGGCAACGGCCCCCACCCACGGCAGGCACCACUCGCCCACAUCCAGGACAGCGCCCAUGUUGCUGUCAGCAGCAGCCUCAGCGGCCAUCCAGAGUCGCUUUGGCAAGGGCUCAUCCUUCAUGGACCAGCAACAGCAGCAACAGCAGCAGCAGCAGCAGAACGGACUUGUCUUGAAACCGGAGAAGCAUGCCACCAUUCCACUGCAAUCGUUUAACCUUGAUUGCGGACGCAGCGAGGCGACGCUGUUGCCAGCCACCAAAUCGAAUGUUGCCUAUAUGCGCACCCUCUCGGCGCCGAAUGGCCAUGCUGGAGGAGCAGCUCCAGUCAUGGCGCAGAGCCAGCGCAAGAGUCUGGCUGGGAGCACAUUUAAUGGCCAUGCAACGACGAUGGAGACGACGACGACGACGACACCGCCGGCUCAUAAGCUGACAAAUUUCCAAAGUGCAUUGAAAAUCGAGGAGCUGGCAGCGGCAACAGGUGAACCAGCGACAGCGACCACCAUCGAGGAUUUGAAAUCUAGGCGACAGCGUCAAUUGAGCACCAGCGACAUGGAGACAAUGCUGGCCCCAACGACAACGACGACGACGAUGAUUGCGGCAGCAUCUAUGCCCAUGUCGAUGCCAAAACGGGUGGGCAUUAAUCAUGCGACGGCCUCCCCAUUGACGAACAGAAAUGCCAUAACCCCACCGCCAGCAUCCGCAUCGGCAGCGGCAGCGGCAUCGAUAGCUGGACAUGGACCUGCAGCAACGACAGCAACGAAAGGUACGGCCACGCCCGGCUACCUGGUGGAUGUGACCAAAAAAGGAUCCACAUCGACAAUUUGGACAUCGGAGGAGUCCAUACUCCGCAGCGUUGGCGCCGUCGAUGAAGACAAUAACUCCACUUCGUCGUCGUCUGCCUGCGAGGAGGCGACAGGUGUUCUCAGUUCCGGCAAGUCGGGCAUCUCACUGGACUCCUCGGGCCUGGACAACGACAACAACGAGAGCGGCAUUGGCACAGCCACCCCGCCCAAGGACAUGUCCCACUGGAAGAGCCACCACCUGCAGCACCAUCACCACCACCACCACCACCAUCAUCAUCAUCAUAGAGCGGGCGACCGCAGUGGGCCGGACAAUGAGUCGGUGAGCAGCCUGGAGGCGCUGCGCAAGAUGAAGUUCCAGAAGAGCGGCUCGGUGGCCUCCUCCGACGAUCCCGAUCUCCUCGAGGUGCUCAGCCAGUGCGGCAGCGGCGGCGAGCCCGAGGCGGAGGCAGAGGCGGCCAACGAGUCCCAGGACGAUAUGCUGGAUGAGCCGGAGGCCGUGAAGCAAAAGUCCGGCAGCAAGCCCAGCGACUACGACGAGUGCCACGACGAGUUCGAGCUGGGCCAGCACAUCUGCGACUGUGACUGCACGGACGGCGAUGCCAGCAGCGCCAGCGGCGGAGGCACUGCCUCCAUGGCCACGCCCGUGGUGCUGCGCCGCAAGUACAUCGCCCCGCCGCCCAUCCUGGUGCCCUGCGGCGGCCGUCAGCGCAGUCAGCGGAGUCACUCCCUGGACCACUAUCACCAGCACCUGCACAUGUUGCAGCCACGCAAGCUGCUGCCCCGCAACGCCAAUGUCAGCGGCAACAAGGAGCGGGCCCAGCUCUCCCUAGCCCUGCGACAGGAGCCCUUCCAGUCGCUGCUCUCGCCCACGGCCACCACGGUCACGCAGCUGCAUCACUUUGUGGAGCUGCCCUCGCCGAGCAGCGCCUCGCUGCACAGCAAUCUGGGCGACUCCGGCGGCAUACCGGAGCUCACCACCAAGUCCAACUCGGCCCCGCUGCUGCUCAAGGAGCGCGAACUGAGCAGACGAUACGAUGACUUUGCUGCCCACCAUUUGACGCUGCGCUAUUCUCGUUCGCAGAGUGAUCGCUAUUUAGCAGAAAUCGAAGCCGUGGAAGCUUGCAAAUGGCUGCGUGCUGCAGGUUUUCCGCAAUAUGCCCAGAUGUACGAAGACCAUCAGUUUCCGAUCGAUCUGAACAAUGUAGCCAAAGAUCACACCAACCUGGAGAACGAUCAGCUGCAGUCCCUGUACAGGCGGCUCUGUGUCCUCAAUCGUUGCGCCACCAUGCGGCUGGAUCAAUCGCACAAACCGCAAACACCACAGCAAAAGGAGGAAUCGGACGAUGAGAACUUCGCCCUGAGCGAGAACUGGACAUUCCAACCGCACAUUCGACGCUGGUCGCGCAUCGGGGAGAUGGGCCUGGAGCUGCCGCCGCCGGGUCUGCUCAAUCUGGAGAAGACGGAAAGCUCCUCGAAGGAGUCGAGUCCCGACCGGUUCGAGGACGACGGCUACGAUAUGGGCGGCGCUGGCAUCACCCUCAUGAUACCGGGCUGCAGCAAGACCUCCACCGGCACCACCGACGGCUCCUCCCUGGGCGAUGGCUCCGAUUCGGCUGGCCGCUUGCGACGCACUGGCAGUGAACGCAUCAAGGACGGCGCCAAGGCAUUCCUGCGACGAGUCGAGUCCAUCAAGUCGAGGCGGCGCAAGCGCCAGAACCGGGAAAACGUGGUGAUCAGUGGGCCCCAGGUGCUGGAUCUCUCACAGCUGGGCCAGCGGAGCAGCCUCCGCAAACCGGAUGCAGUCUACUCCACCCCGCCCUCCCCAUCGGCGCUCAGUCCGAUGCACACAUUCCCCAAGGCGCCGUUCUUCGGCAACGAUCUGAAGGUGCCCAGCCACAGCGAGAACUUCCUCAGCCCGAACCGCGCCAGCCCGAAGCGCACCCCGACCACGCCCCGCUCGAUGCGCACCAGCCCCCUGCACUUCUUCUCGAACCCCAUGACCCAGCUGAAGGAGGGCAAGUCGGAUGACUCCUCCUCGUACUACAGCGACAGCCAGGAGUCGUCCACGGGGGGCAAGCUCUCGCUGCGCAAGCCCUCGAAGGCGCGCCGCUUCCUGCAGCGCUCGGGCAAGGUGGACGACAUCGGAGCCCACUCGGACUCCGAGUGCCACCAGGGCCGCAAGCUGCUCAUCAAGGACGCCAACUCGAACACGACGGAGGUGAAGAUCAAGAAGCUGACACGCGGCGGCUCCCUGAACCUGGGCAAAGAUGUCAAGAAACGUGACGGUUUCCGCACUUCCUCGUUCCGUUCGCGCAGCACCACCCGCAAGGAGCCGAAGAACGACGAUGAGCAGGGUGGCGGCGGCGGUGGCGGUGGCGGCGCCAAUAACGGGUCCGGAUCGAAGCGGCAGCCGGUGGUGCGCUGGCACAGCUUCCAGAUGGAGGAGCGCCCCAACAUGAUAUUCCGCAAGUGUUUCUCGAAGAAGAUCGAGCCGGUGCAGGAGGAUGCAGGCAUUCCAUUCGCCGCCAUGUCGGCGGGUCAACUACAAAUCAUUCGCAAGCUGGCCCUGGUCACGCUCACCGGCCACAUGGAGCGCUACUGUCCCACCCAUCGCUCCGGCUGGAACUGGGAGCUGCCCAAGUUCAUCAAAAAGAUCAAGAUGCCCGACUACAAGGACAAGAAGGUGUUUGGCGUGCCACUGCUGCUGGUGCUGCAGCGCAGCGGCCAGACGCUGCCCGUGGCCGUGCGCGCCGCCUUCCGGUGGCUCCAGCUGAACGCCCUCGACCAGGUGGGCCUGUUCCGCAAGAGCGGCGGCAAGUCGCGGAUCAUCAAGCUGCGCGAGCAGAUCGAAGUGAGCGACUCCACGGCCGAGUGCAUGGACGUGUUUGAUCUACAGCAGGCCUACGAUGUGGCCGACAUGCUGAAGCAGUACUUCCGCGAGCUGCCCGAAUCUCUGCUAACCACCAAGAUGUCCGAGACAUUUGUGGCCAUCUUUCAGCAUCUGCCUGCGGAGGUGCGCCUGGAUGCCAUUCAGUGUGCGGUGCUGCUGCUGCCGGAUGAGAACCGGGAGAUCCUGUACGUGCUGCUCGAGUUCCUCACCAUUGUCGCCGGCAACUCGCAGCAGAACCAAAUGACCAGCAACAAUCUGGGCGUAUGUCUGGCCCAGUCCAUCUUCCACUCGUCCAUUUCCACGGGCUCGGCCUCGGUGUCCGCCUCGCCCCGCCGCAAGGGCAAGGGCACCGGCAUGCCGGACAUGAAGGAGCUGGCCGAGGCGAAGGCCUCGCACGAGUGCCUCUCCUUCAUGAUCGAGCACUACAAGCAAAUCUACACGGCCGGCAAGGAGAAGCUGAGCAAGUGCAACUUCAGCUACAUGGAGGAGUCGAAGCCGGUGCCCCUGGAGGCCCUCGGCGAGGGCAUGCAGUUCCACAACUGGCGGGGCUAUCUCUACGAGUGCACCAGCGCCACCAUCAAGGAGGGCCGAGAGAAAACCCGUGGCUGGUUCAGCAUCAAUUCGCUGAAUGACAGCAGUGUGGACAUUGCCUACAAGAAGGUGGGCGAUGGUCAUCCGCUGCGUCUGUGGCGUUGCUCUACGGAAAUCGAGGGACCCCCGCGCGAGGUUCUCGAGUACGUGAUCAAGCAACGCGCCUCCUGGGACGCCAAUCUGCUGCAGUGCCAGACAGUCAAGAAGCUGGACGAUCGCACCGAGAUCUACCAAUACGCCCUGGAUGGGCAGCUAACAACGGACUUUUGUGUCUUGCGUUCCUGGCAAACGGAUCUGCCGCGUGGCGCCUGCGUUAUUGUGGAGACCUCCAUUGACAAUGCCAAGGCCAAGCCUUUGUAUGGAGCAGUGCGCGGCGUAGUUCUUGCCUCUCGCUAUCUCAUCGAGCCCUGUGGCAGUGGCAGAUCGAGGGUCAUGCACCUGGCCAGAGUGGAUGUCAAGGGGAAAACACCUGAGUGGUACAACAAGAAUUAUGGGCACAUUUGCUCCCACUAUCUAUCCCGCAUACGUCUGGCCUUCAAGCACGUGGCCGAUGGACCCGAGAGCAAGGUCUAAAUUAAAAUAUAUAAAUAAACAUAUAUUAUAUAUAUAUGUGUACACAAACAUAGCUACAUAUGUAUAUGUGUAAAGAUAGAUAUGUCGAAUUUAUCGGCGGAUAUUCGUUGUACCCUCGUUGUCUGUCGCAAAUUGACGCAUUUAUUAAAAAAGAAAACAUAAAGAAAAUCAUGUACGAGGAUAGAUAGCCCCCAGUUCGAACAACCCAACGAUUACACAAUUAUCCAAGGACCCAAAUACCCACGGACCACAAAAAGAGCUUAAAGAAGAGAGCCAGCAGAGAGAAUAUAUUCUUGUAAAUACUUAGUUUUAUGUACGAUAUAAUGUCUAAAAGAAAAGAAGGUUUUUUGAAACUUUAAUAUUUUUUCGGCUUAAAUUUAGCUUAUUUUUAUUGUAUUAUAUUUAUACGUGGUCCUAAUUUAUAUGCAUACCUUAGCUGUACGACGAUUGAAAUCUAACAUCCAAAAUACUCAAUACACAAAUAUCACAAAAUAUCUGUAACGAUUUCUCUAGCUAAGGCUUACGGCAUACGCACCCCCCCGCCACACACCCACGACCCACAGAAAUGUCUUUUAAUGUUAAUUAGUUUUUAGUCUCGGCAAUGUGUCUCCCCUUUGGAGGGAACGUGAAUUAUUUCUGGAAAACAAAAUGAAAGGAUAAUGAAAAAUCAAAAAAAGGCGAAAAGCAAAAGCGAAACAACAAAAGGAAAACCUUAAAAUGUGUAAAGCAAAUUCAAACUAGUCAAAUUUUAUAAAUUUAAGUUAAACUACUACUAACUACACUACCCCAAAAUACACUCACAUUAAGCAAGCUCUUUGCCACUCAAUAGUUUUGUCCACAGUUGAUUGAUUUGGUACGAUAAAUAUAUGAUUAAUUAAUUGAUUGAUAAACUAUAUUGUAAACUGUGUCUGUUAAGCGAAUAAAAUAUAUAUAUAUACAAAUACAAUAUAUCGAUGUACUGUUCGCGUUAUUAUCCUUAUCAGUAGUUUUACGGAGAAGCAUUAUAUGAUAACUCAAAUAUAUGAAGCAUAGAGGAAACCGCAAUAAAAGUACAUGGAAAUGCGAAAAA